AUGUCCACGGCGGCCGCUGAUCCAGCCGCCGCCGCCGCGGCGGCGGAGGUCACGAGGAAGGAGAGGCGGAGGGAGAGGAAGAAGGAGCGGCGCCGCCGCGCGCGGAGGGAGGCUGCGGAGGCCGCUCGGAGGGCGGCGGAGGCGCUUGCCGCCGACCCGGAGGAGGAGCGGCGCCUCCGGGAGACCGAGGAGGCCGAGGCCGACGCGUCCGAGCGCGCACGGCGGGCUUUCGAGGACGCGGAGCGCCGGUGGCUAGAGGCCGCCGCCGCCGCCGCGCGCGCGGCGGAGAAGGCCGCCGAAGCGGCAGCGGCUGCUGCUGCGGCUGCGGGGGAGGCGUCGACGGUUCCCGAGGACUCCUCCCGCGAGUGUAAAGAUGAUGGAAAUGAAAGUAAAGACAAUGAUGAAUGGGAAUAUGUUGAAGAUGGGCCAGCAGAGAUCAUAUGGGAAGGAAAUGAGAUCACUGUGAAGAAGAAAAUGGUAAAAGUACCAAAGAAAGCCAAGGAAAACCAGCCAAUUCAACAGGAAGAUCGACCUACAUCAAAUCCAUUCCCACCACAGUCUAUAGCUUUUGCUUCACAGAAGACAGAAUCUUCAUUGUCAGCUCAGGAAGUACUUGAGAAAGUUGCUCAAGAGACUCCAAAUUUUGGAACAGAACAGGAUAAGGCCCAUUGUCCAUUUCACCUCAAGACAGGGUCCUGCCGCUUUGGAGUGCGUUGCAGCAGAGUUCACUUUUAUCCUGAUAAAUCAUGCACUCUGCUCAUGAGAAACAUGUAUAAUGGUCCAGGCCUUGCUUCAGAGCAAGAUGAAGGGCUUGAGUCUACAGAUGAAGAGAUUGAACAAAGCUAUGAAGAAUUUUAUGAAGAUGUGCACACUGAAUUUCUGAAGUUUGGUGAACUUGUCAAUUUUAAGGUAUGUCGAAAUGGAUCACUUCAUCUUCGAGGAAAUGUGUAUGUGAAUUAUAAAUCCUUGGAUUCAGCUCUUCUUGCCUACAGCAGCAUGAAUGGACGGUAUUUUGCUGGAAAGCAGAUAACAUGUGAAUUUGUUGCUGUGACAAGAUGGAAGGUUGCCAUAUGUGGUGAAUACAUGAGGUCGAGAUUCAAGACAUGCUCACGAGGAAUUGCUUGUAAUUUUAUUCAUUGCUUUCGCAACCCUGGAGGAGAUUAUGAGUGGGCUGAUUGGGAUAACCCUCCUCCCAAAUACUGGAUUAGGAAGAUGGCUGCUCUUUUUGGCCACUCAGAUGAUGCUGUCUAUGGCAAGGGAAGUGAUACCCCAUGCUUUGACCAUUCGUGGAGUUCAGAUAGGAGACGAAGAAGUUAUGAUCCCAGGUACACACCAAGCAGAUCUAGGAACGAAGAUGUGCAUAAACAACACUCGUCCAGAGAUUAUUCACACUCAAAGCAAGAGCGCAGAAGCCAUACUGAGCACAUUCGAGAUAGAAGAGAAUCAUCUGCAUCAGAUAAGCAUCGAAGUCGAGAGAUUAAAGAUAAGAUUAGCAAAUAUUCUUCUAACAUAGAGAGCGAAAGAGAGUCCCAGAAGAACGCACGUGGAGAAAGACAUAGAAGUGCCCAUGAAGAAAGACAUGGAAGUGACCCUGGUGAGGGAGAAAAAGGAGACCAUGGUAAAGUUAGGUUUAGGAAUAACGGAUCUGAACGGCAAGACAGUUUGGAGCCUGGAUCUUCUGAUAGGCAUUUUGACUUCACCGACGCAGACAGCACCAAGAGUCCUUCAGGCAGCAAGUCCACUGGAACUGGCAGGCAUCGCAGAAAGAGCAGGAGGCAAUCCUUAGAAGAUCCUAAUCUUGAAAGGCACCGUCCCACUUCUCGCAAAUCAACAGAAGAGCAUGGCGCCAAAAUGAGCUCAAGGCGUCGCUACAUAGAAGACUCUUACCACGAGAAAUAUGAUGGAAGAGGGCAAUCUGUAGAACACAGGGAUCACACUGAUGCAUCCGGUGAUAGAUGGGUAGCCACAAACAGUGAUGUUGAUUCAGACCUAGAGACUCGACAUGAGAAGUCAAGCAGCAAACUGGAAAGGAAGGGUGAUGCUCCAUCAGAUGCAGAAAAAACUGGGUAUGAAAGGUCAAGCGGUAGAACCACCAAGAGCCGCAGGGAAAGGAAGCGUCAGAGUGGAAGCAGCAGUGAGCACGGCGACAGUGAAGAGGAGGUCACUUCAGAUCAAGAUGCUAGAGAUAUGAGCUCUGGUGCAUGGAGGAGCCGAUCGAGAAGCAGUGACGAGAAACUCUCAUCGCACAGGUCAAGGAGAAAGAGAAGUCGCAGUAGUCACGAUUCAUAAUGCCCACUGGUCAUCUUCAUUUCGACGCUACAUUAUGCCAACUUUGGCUUUGUGUAUUACUAGAACACAUCAAGUGUUCGAGCUAUAGCUGAUGCAGUAUAUUUAUCUCCGCAGAUGAGAGCUCCACCUUUUUCCAUUGGUUUUUUAGAGAGCUUUCUCGAUGCAGUAGAUAUAGCAAUAAUAACUGUACUAGGAAUAUCGAUCCGAAAGUAUGUAUGCAACUCUCUAGUUUUAUAAUUGUUGUUUUCAUA